AUGAAGCUGCGUAGUGGAGCCCAAGUUGUGCAAUUUGUCAACGGCGGCAUCGCGCAGAAUACCAAGGUAUCUCAAGCGAUCGCUGAGCACAACGCGUCCUCCCCUCUCCUGAUGCUACCACAAGAGAUCAAAAACCGCAUUUACUACUUCGUCUGUGGAGGGCAAAUGGUGCACAUACUCCAAAAUGACAAUGACUACAACCACGCUCAUGGCGAUUGGUCCGUGAACCUCACCCACGCCAUAUGUAUCGAGCCUACCUCCGAAGAGCAGAUCCAGAAGGACUUUGACUCCGCAGAUUCGGAUGUAGCCUGGAACAUUGCUUCAGUUGAAGAUCGACAUAGGGACUGUUACAAACCUCCACCAGAGCAGGAGAAAGGUCCCAAGCGCAACCAGCUCAGCUUGACUCUACUUCGCUCCUGCCGUCAAAUUUACAUGGAGGCCAGUACGAUCCACUAUAGGAACAACACAUUCGCUAUCAACUGCCACGAUAUUCUUGAGCGCUUCGUGAGAGGCCGCUUCCAGAAUAAGCAGAACCUCGCUAUCCGAAGUCUUCACCUUGACGUCAGUGUCACCCAUGUUAGCAGCGUAGAUGCCUGGUCCGAAAAAAUCAACAAGGCGGUACUUAAGCGUCUCAAAUCUGUGCGGCAUCUCUACCUCAGCUUGACACAGGUUUAUUGUACAUGCUCUGUCGAUGUCUGCGCCUAUGAGGGAUCUGAGAUGACGGAACGUCAGGGCAAGAUGUUCAAGAAACUCAGCAAGCUGCCACUAAAGGAAGCGACUCUGGUCAUCGAUGAUGGAAUGUUCUUGAAGCCGCUGAACCCUCACUAUGCGAACUUUUAUGAUCAGAUGGAGCAGCAAUACCGCUGGACUUUGAGGCAAAAGCAGGAAUUCUCGAAGGAAGUUAGGGACGCCUUGCUUGCGCGAGGAGAUGUGAAGAAGAAAAAUUAA